UAGAAAAAGCCUGCACUGCGACGUGAAACCCAACCGUUUUCUAUCUUGUUUUCAACGCAAAUGUAUCCAAGAACGUACGAUGUUCAGCCGAGUUCGUACUCCUAUCCUCCACAGAGUUAUGCAGGAACAGUGCAUUAUCCUCAUGGAUAUUCUCAGUCGCGAUUUACCAAAUACAGCAACGUUCCUAUACAGCCGCAAGAUCUCUCAGAACUGCCGCAGCACCCUCCACCUCCACUUUCUCACUUAACCGAGCAGCUGAGUGGAAACCACCGCACUCAAACAGAAGAUCGGCCCUCGUGUAUGCUUCAAGAAAAAGCUAUACCAGUUUUCUUCCGUGUCACUCCGCGUCCGUUUGAUGGACGCAGAAACCGUCGAGGAUCAGAGUCCUUCCACGAUGGCGUGAAAGAUUUUCCCACUUCUGAAGAACAAACGGGGUCGGCCACGGAUACUAAGAAAAGAAAAGAGAGGACAGCUUUCACUAAACACCAGCUCCAAGAACUGGAGAAUGAAUUCCUUCGUAACAAUUAUCUAACAAGAUUAAGGAGAUACGAAAUUGCGGUGAGUUUGGACUUGACUGAAAGACAGAUAAAAGUUUGGUUUCAAAAUCGACGAAUGAAAUGGAAGAGGAUAAAAGGGAAGCCUUUACAAAAACGGGGUAGUUAUUCUAUCGAGGAUGAAGAGGAAGAAACAGCAUGAUUGCUUUGGGAUUAAAUAAAGGAGACUGUAAAGAAAAACUGAAUCCAAAUUGCAUAGUAGAACAAAGGAAACUUUGAAAGGUUGGAUAUUGUCAACGGAUUUGGAGACACAAGCUUAUAACUUCAAGGAAAGCAAGCGUGCUGAACGACAGAAAGAGGGAAAAAUCAUCUAGUCAGAAACAAAAGGGACAACAUAGGUAAAAUUGGAAAGAUUUUCUGUACCUAAAAAACUUUGUUAUUUGAAUGGAGGGAAUAUUAAAAAUAGAGCAGGUUGGCGAUCCAUUGAAUAUCAUAAUCGUGGAUUGAUAAAAAAAAAUAUAUUAUUGCUUUUAUCUAUGUAUGGUAUGUAAACUCUUCUCACACAUAUUUAGAAUUUGUAAUUCGUAAUGAAAAGAACAUGAAUGCCGAUUUGAAAUGACAAAUUUAAAGUACAGUGAGAGGAAAUCGACCACUGGAGUUAGUAACUAAAGACUGAAGAGGGACAAAAACAAUGUAAUUUAACCUUUGUCAUUCGUUUUUCUUUUUCCGAAUCCGGAAAUCCUACCCUUUUUCCAAAUGGAGAGAAUUUUACAGGAUUGUAGUUAAGCUUGAUGUAUCAGUUUUUAAAUUUCUUGUUGCCACUUACCCCCAAAGAAAACUACUAUCGGUACAUACAGUGUCAAGUCUCAGCUUGCUAAAAUCAAAAAGAUUUUUGGGGCCAAGUGGACUAUGUGAUCUAUUUUCAUGUACUUUGUGUUAUACCUGUUACAGUAAAAGGUCAUAAUGA